CGCCUUGUACUGGUGCUCGUUCCAGAUUUCAUACUCGUUUGUUGUUGUGCUUAUCGCGAUUACUGCGCGGCUCUCGAACAUAGUCCAGAGGGUAUUACCUACCACCUACAUACAUCAGCUCCACAUCUGCAACGUGCCUACAACUCGGACACAGACGACGCGCGUCCACCAACUUAUCCGACAAAAAAUUGGAAUCGGAAAAUUGAAAAGCUGAAGAACUAAACAAUGCAAGAAUUGGAGAAAUUCGCACACUUCAAUGCCACGAAACACGGCAGCAAAAUCAUCAGCAGCAGCAGCCUUGCCAAAGUUAUGCUCCGGGCAAAAACUGUAAAUGAAACAACUUAAUUAGUAGUUGCAGGUCUCGAGGAAAGCGGCACGCGCUCCGUGCCCAGAAUCAGCUCCAGCUCAAGCUCAAGGAGAAGGAGAAAGUCGGUCGGCAUUACAACGAAUUUUAGGAAAUAUUCGCUUGCCCAUGCUGCUUUAUUAGAACGAGCGAAAGGUUUAAUGCGAUCCCGACCCAGGCAUCCUUUGAGCCUCAGCAGUAGCAGCAGGAAAAACUUUUGUUUUCGCGCUCGCGUCUCUUUGUGUGUAUAAGUGUGUUCCUGCGUGUGGGUGAGAGUAGCUGCAUUUUUUUGAGAAAAUUAAAUUGAAAACAACAUCAGCAACACACAAUCACCAGCCCCAACGGCAGUGAAAGCAGCGAAAGCCGCAAAAUAAACGAGCACAACCUGCAUAUAAAUUAUUAUACGCUACACAAUGGAUUUGGUAGAAUUGAAAGCCAGAGCGAACCGAGCUAAAAGGACUUCCACAAUGCACGUAACAACUUCCUAUGCCAAUGCCAGCAGACGCUGCUGGCAGCGCCAUUUGGCUUUAUUCACGCUCUUCCUAUUUGCGGCUCACAUCAAUAUAACUUCCGGUCAAAUCGAUUGGGACGACGACGACGAUCCAGUCUCCACAGUGGCCGUGGAGGCAGUACUGGGACGCACCGCAUCCCUGCCGUGCGACAUAGAGCCGGAGGCGAAGGACGAUCGUGUGUAUAUGGUCCUAUGGUUUCGUGAGAGUGCUGGCAAACCACUUUACAGCUUUGAUGUGCGUGGGCGGCCGUUUGAGAAGGCCCUCUACUGGUCGGACACCAACUCAUUUGGGCCACGUGCGUAUUUCGUUACCGGACAGCAGCCGGCCAAGUUAUCUGUGGACAAUAUACAGCUGGAUGACGAGGGCGUUUACCGCUGUCGCGUCGACUUUCAGAACUCACCCACGCGCAAUCAUAGAAUUAACUUAACGGUUAUUGUUCCUCCGCAUCAAAUACUCGUGUACGAUGCCUCGGGUCGCGAUGUUGCCGGCGCUGUGGGUCCGUUGCUCGAGGGCGAUAAUAUUGUGUUGACAUGUGAAGUGCGUGGCGGUCGCCCAGAACCUACUGUCACAUGGCUGAACGGCACACGGACUUUGGAGGCUGGCAGCGGGGUCUCGAUGGGCCGGCAUGUGACUGUCAAUCGACUGGAGGUACACCAAAUCUCGCGCUCCGCCCUGAACAACACGUAUCGCUGUCAGGCAUCCAACACGAAGCUGGUGGCACCCGUGGAGCGCAGCAUACGCAUCGAAAUGUUACUCAAACCCACAUCAGUCAAUUUAACCAAUAAGUUAAAGGUCUUCUCCUCGAGCACGCAAUACAAUCUCACCUGCAUUGUGGCGGGCUCGGUGCCGGACACGGAAAUCAGAUGGACACAGAAUAAUCGGCCCUUCAAACGUGGCAUGCUGUCAACGAGCCAGGGCAAUGGACGAGUUAUAUCCACAUUGACAUUUCAUCCACAACCUGAGGACGACGGCACGAUGCUCAAGUGCGAGGGCUCCAAUCCACGCCUGCAGAACUCAGCCAUCGAGGACUCGCUCAUGAUGAAUGUCAUUUAUCCGCCGCAGGUCACCUUGUCGCUGGGCUCAACGCUGCGUCCGGACGACAUCAAGGAAGGCGACGACGUCUAUUUCGAGUGCCACAUCAAGUCCAAUCCCAAGGAGCAUCGCAUCAUGUGGUCGCAUGACGGCCAACCGGUCACCCAGAAUGUCUCGUGGGGCAUCAUCAUAUCCACACGCUCCUUGGUGCUGCAGCGAGUGGGACGCGUCCACUCGGGCUUUUACGCCUGCUCGGCGGCCAACGAUCGCGGUGAGACGCAGUCGGCUCCAGUCAGUUUGAGGAUACGCUAUGCGCCCGUCUGCAGCAGCAGCAGCAUCAGUGUGAUUGGUGCCUCGCUGGAGGAGGCCGUGCCCAUACCGUGCCGCGUCAACUCAGAUCCGCCCGAAAUCGACUUCGAAUGGACGUUCUCAAGCAGCGGCGAGCAUUUCGAGGUGCCGUCUGGACAUUAUGCCACCAUACAGGACCCCACCAUGACCACCACCAACGAUGUGAGGCGCACCAUUGUGGAGGCCAACGAGACGCACUUCGAGAGCUAUGUGGAAACGGUCAGCGAACUGAUCUAUACACCCAAGGGUGAGCGGGACUACGGGACGCUGGCCUGUUACGGCCGGAAUGCUAUUGGCAAGCAAUCGGACCCGUGUCUGUUUCAGGUGGUGCCGGCAGCCAAGCCGGGGGCAUUACGGAAUUGUACGCUGCGUCCGUAUGUGGUGACCUCCGCCUCGCUGAAUUCAUCGAAUCAGACGACAAUGCAUGCCAAUCAAAUGUUGCAAACACAAUACGGCAGACAUGAGUCGAAUUACCCGCAUAUGGAGUACGUACGUGAGCGCCAUAACAACAACAGCGGCAAGAAUGCCACUGGCCACCGGAACAAUGCUUCCAAUAAAAAUAUGAAGGGCAAAACAAAUGCUGGCCACAUGAAAUCUAAUAAUAAGCAGACACGGCCACCACCCCGACCACAGGCCCUGCCACUGCCGCAGCCACAGCCACAGCCACAGCCAGCGGGAUAUGUCCUCAGUCAACAGCAAUUGCAGCGCCUCAAAAAGCGAACGUCAUUUACACCGUCCCAGACAUUGGCAGCCAUCGAGAGCCAGCGCCAGAGGAAGCAACAGCAGCAGCAACAACAGCAGCCGCCAGGAGCGAACACUGGAAAGUCGUCCAAGGCACUGGCCAACGAUAAACAGGCUGAUGGAUUGCCGGCCAAGUCGCCAAAGCAGCGCACGCGACGAGCCAGUAGCCAAGGCCAACAGAAGAGACAACAGAAACAACUGAAUUCAGGCGGCACCCAGCUCGGGCUCGGACUCGGGCUUGAGCUUGGGCUCGGGGCAUCAAUAACAACAAGCCAGAAGAUGCCGCCGAGCCAGAGUCAGGCGGCAAAAUCAAAUUUAUCAAUGUCACAUGUAGAACGGACUGGAGUAGUUGCAGCUGCAAGGGAUGGGGACAAUGGCAAACUGCCAGCAAAGUAUUUUAAUAAGCGACAGAAAAACAUGCACGAACAGAAGAAACAGAAGAAAGAGCUGGAGCUCCUGCAGCAGCAGCAAAGGCGGGGGGCAAGCGUAAACGAGCACAACAGCAAUAUAAUCCAUCAUUAUGCAACGCCAAAGCGAGGAAAACGGCAGGCAGCAAAUGACAUCUUAGCAACGGUGGCAGCAGCAGCAACAUCAGCAUCAGCAGAAGCAGCAUCAUCAUCAUCUUCAUCUUCAUCGUCAUCUUUAGUGGCAGCUACAACAAAAUCAGCUGCGACAAGGGCCGCCGCCACAGCCGCCAUAGGAACUGAAAGGGAGGGCACAGGCAGCAGCAGCAGCAGCAGUAGCAGUAGCAGCGUUGGAGUCGAGGACAACAUGCCCACAAUGAGACGGGCACGCAAAUCUUUGGCCAUCAUUGGCAGUAGCAAUGUCAGCAGCAGGGUGAACAAGCAGCAGCAGCAACAGUCGAUGCCGCCAAAUGCACCGCAAAUAAGCAACAAGCCAGCGGCUGCAGCAAUUAGCGGCAACAAUGUAAAGGAAACAACGGCAUCAGCAGAAGCAGCAGCAGCAGCAGCAACAGCAACAGGAGUCCGGGUAGAAGUCAAAGACAAGCCAGCCUCUAAUGAUCCUGCCAAGACGGAAGACAAUGCCGAGGAGGAUGAGAAUAAUGAUGAUGAUGAUGACGAUGAUGAUGAUGAUGAUGAGGCAGACACAGAAGCCGAGGCUGAAGCUGAGGCAGAGGUGGAGGUGGAGGUGGAGCCGGAGGAUGAUGACGAUGCAGACCUGGAUGAAGAUGUUGCCGAGCUGCAAAGGGAUGCCGAGUACAUGGCCGAUGGGCCCAGCGACUUGGCCGAGUAUGAGACGGUCGAGCAUGAGGAUAUGUUGUCACUGGAGCAGCAACUGGACCUGCAGUCGCUCGAAGAUAAUGUCGAUGCUGAGGAUGAUGGUGACAAUGCUGAUAUCGAUAUCGACGACGAUAUGUACAACGUUAGCGAUGAUGACUUUGUGGCCAGCGUGGCCCUCUCCACCUCCGACACAACAACAACAACAACAAAAACCCCAACGAGAAGCGUGACCACAAUGCCGGCGAGGGCCAGCACUCCACCCGCCUCCGCCGAGUGGCAGCAGCCGCAUUUCGACUAUUCACGCAUGGAGUACAGCUUUAGCAAUGGCGUAGUCACGCAGAGCCUGCUGGGCGUUGGUGCAGGCGGUGGGGGUGGCGAUGGAGUUGGAGCAGCGGCCGCACACGAUGGCCAGUCCGGUGGGGGCACCAUCAAUUUUGAUAAUUACGACAACAUCAUCUACUCCACUAUGGAGCUGGAGUGCAUGCCCGGCUACGAUGGGGGACUGCAGCAGCAGUUCUUCCUGGAGGCCUACGACUCCAAGACCAAGAAGCUGCGCCUGAACAUGAGCAGCACAUACGUGGAUGUGCCAGUGUUCCGGAUCGAUCUGACAGAUCUGAUGCCCAUGGACUACUUUCCCGAUGCCCAUCCGGCCUUGCAUUUGGUUGUCUACAGCGUCAAUCAGAAGGGUCGCUCCGAGCCGAUUGUCCUCGAGAAUGUGCCCAUCAAUGAGGCGGACAAGCGUUCAGACGGACGCAUGGGCCUGUCAAUCUUACCCCUCGCAGCUCUGCUUGCCGGAACCCUCUUCACGGUGGGCAUAGCCGUGCUCUCCGUGGUGGUCAUUGCUGUGCGUAGGCGUCGCGGCCCAGGAGCCCGGAACAUGUGCGACGACAAGGACAAGCAUUUGGGCAUGGAUGUGACAGUGACGGCGCCUCUGGAAACAGGUGCUGGUCAUCAGCGGCUCGUUGUGGCUUACACUUUGAAGCAGGGCAUUGAAAAACAGCCGGACAUACUGAGUGCGCAAAAAAGCGCAACUGGCAGUGACACAUCGUCGCCGCUGGGAAAUCGGCCGAGUGGUUUAUUUAUGGGCGGCGGCAGUGGAGGUGGAGGUAGUGCCGGCGGCGCUUCGGCCGCUCCCAGCUCCGGCAACGCUGCGAGCCAUAAAACGACGGAUUAUGAUGUGAGUGCACCGCACCUGAGCAGCCCGCCCUCCCAGUCCAGCACCCUCCGGCUGGAGAGCGAUACUGCCGCGGGCGUUGCCAAGGGGUAUCAGACGUCAUCGUUGGGUGGGACGGCUACGGCUCCCCCGCUCCUGUACGAUGCCAUGCCCACGCUCAGUCGCUACGAGCAGCUGGGCCUCAACAUGGGAAACUAUGCUGUCGGCGGGGGUGGCGGUGGUGGCAGCAACAGCACGCUCAGCUCUGCCAGCAGCACCGUUAACGCGGCAAGUAAUGCGCUGGCCAACGGUGCGGCUGGUGGGGGAGGGGGAGGGGGAGGUUCGAGCAGCCACUACGCCCAUCACUUGCAUCAUACGCUGCCCCACAACAUGGCCCAGCAGCCCACAUCGGGCCACAGCCUGCAGCGGGGAGGCCAUGAUCCGACACUCACCCUGGCCGACUACCUGACCACCAGCAGUCUGAUAGACUACAAUUUGAGCAAGGCAGCAGCCGCUGGAUCGCCGAUGGCGAUGCCCACCCACAUGACGCUGCCCAAGGGCCUGGGCCUGGGCUCGGUGAUGGCCGGGACGAGCCUGUCGCCGUCGCAGCUCAACACCAUCACGCACAAGUCCAGUGCCGGACGCAAUCACAUCAUCACGGACACCUUGCCCGGACCCGAAAGCUGCGUCUAAGCGCGGUCGCAUGAGGGUACGAAUGAGGGUGCACGAACUCGAAUUCCUGGCAUCAAACAAAAGACUGGCGCACAAACACUAACCGAAUCAGAAGCCGACUCAAAGUAAGACAAUGAUAGCGGACGCGCGGGCAGGAGUAGUAGUCUGCACUAACUAUCCUUUGAACGGAUGAAGGCUAUUCGGCGGCGUCGCUUAGCAGUAAAUUCAUAGACCUAAACGAAACCCCUAGUUAAAGUACGAAUAUGUACACGUAUUUGUAUUGUAUUUGUAUAUGUAUAUGUAAUGCGUGUGAGUAAGUGUCUCUGUUUGUUUGUAAAUGUUUAAACUAAGUGUAAUCGUAGCUAUAAUUGUAUACAUAUGCAUACAUAUUUAAAAUACUGUACAACAGAGCCUGCUCUCAGCGUCACGAAGGGAGCAAACAACCCCAACAAAUCUUCCAAACUCUGACGCCAGCUGAAAGCAGAGCCUCUUAAUUGGACAGUAAUCGUCUAUAGUUGAAAUGCUACGUAUCGAAAUCGUUGUUAAAUCUGUUGUGUCCCGGCCAAAGACAUAUUCUCAACAUAUCCCUCUUCCUGCCUAGCCGAGAACGGAGCCUAUGCCUCGGAAAAGAAACCGAAAACCGCAACUAUUUGAACUGCCCCGCCCCUCCCCCUUCAACCACUACAAGAUCAAAGCCAAGUGUAUCGAAAACAGACUUCUACUCCGACCCCACCCCGAAAGCCAAAAACGGGAAAAGUUAUAUUGGACACGUCUUGCGCCAUUGCGUGCCCAGUGCCCAGUGCCCACUGCUGUGCUGGCCAUUAUUUAACUUUUAAACACGCGCCAAAAACAGCAGCCGAUUUGAAUUUAAUGGGUACGGUCGAGAGAUGUGAGUGGGCAGCAGCCAGAACUCAGGCACUCAGGCAGUCGGGCGGUCGGGCGGUCGGUCGCCCUGUCCCUGCUAAUAGCAGCCAUGGCAGCCAACAAGUGAGCAAUAAAGAAAAGUUUAGAAAAAUAUGCGAUAGCCAUCCCAUUCCACACCCCACACCACGCCACGCCACACCAACCCCAGCUCCAGCUCCAGCUCCAGCCGCAGUCCUAGCCCUAGCUCCCACCCCGAGCAUAAUAAGCUCACGAGCGAUUGAAUGGGUAUAGAGCACAAUAAAAGCGGCAGCGACAAGAACCCAGAGCUGGAGCACGGAUUUGUGCGCACGAUAGCGCAAAAUGAUGACAAUAAAUGGAAAAGUUUUUAAUAAGCUAAUAAAAUGAUUUAUGCGGGUCGAGAAAUAAAAGUGCAGAGCUCGGCUGAUUCCUACAGCGAGGAACCAAGGCCAGCCGGGCGAUGACAAUUUGAUGAGCACGAUUUUGGUCAGGCAUCGACAUCAGACACUUCAUUGAUUGUUGGUCCUCCGAGAGUCUUUGGGAGUGUGCUUACUAGCUGGACCUUAGCCACAACGAAUACAUACAUAGGUACACAUACAUAUGUACAUAUGUAAAUAUCAUUUAUGGAAUUUAUGGUGAUGAGAGAUUGAGAUUUUGUUGGGAUAGAGGCUAGACCGUGGCAAGGCAGUUCAUAUAGUUGUUGGCCACAAAACACUUUUUCGAUUAUUGUAAUGUUGCAUACAUUGGCAAUUGUUAUCAAGGCAUUAUCAUAUCAGAAGUACAUAUUAAAGCCGUAAGAAAAACGAAAAACUAUAUCAUAGACAAGGGCUAAAAACGACUAUAAGUGUUCAAAAGU